AGGGCGGAGAGACAGCGCGGGAGGGUUGGCAGGCAUGGCGGGCACCUGGGGGCACCACCUCUCCUGUUCCUGCUGCUGGUGUGUGUGACCGCAGUCUGGCGCGCUCCCUGACGCCCUCCGCCUCGCACUCCUGCCGCCGCGUCCUACAGACAGAUUCCCUACGUGUGCCUCGCUUCCUACGGCACCAUGCGGGGCAUAACGUGUUCCUAGAGGCGACGGGCAUCUCAGGUGUGGUGUGAGGUAAGCUCUCCCUCUCUUUCUCACACCAGGAAGACGGGGAGGAGGAGAGGGAGGAGGAAAGGGAGGAAGGACAAAUAGGAGCGAAGAAGAGGUGGAGAAGGUGGAGGUGGAGCAAGAUGGAGAUGGUGGAGACGCUGGUGGCGGUGGCACUUGGGGUCUUGGCGGCCGUGUUCCUGGGGUCACUCGCGGCCCUGGCUCUGGUGUGCUUCCGACGAGCCCUCAGCGCUAAACACCGCCUAUUCUACGGCCAAGACAUCAGGCCCGAGGUGUUACUGAGCAGCGGCGAGGCGUGGAGCGAGCUGGAGCUGGACGACGUGAGGUUGGCGCCCCAGAUUGACAAGAUUCUGAACGAUACGCAGUGGGUGGACGACGCGACUGGCCUCAUCCCGCACUGCCUCGCCAUUCUGAAGCUCUGCCACCAAAUGACGGAGCGACUGGUGGCCACGACCAUGUCCCCGAUCCACAGCGACCGCCUCCAUGACAUUAUCGAGGUAACACGGCGCCUCUCACCUCGCAUUGACGACGUGGCCCGCGCAAUGUACCCGCCUCUUGACCCGCGGCUGCUGGAGGCUCGCUGUUCGGCCCUCGUGCUCAGCCUGACCCUGCUGGCCUGGCACGCGCGGCACUCCACCUCCGGGACCACCGUGGCGCUCAUCAACGAGGCACUCAAGGACAUGGACCACCACCUGAGUGUGUUGCGUGAGGCGGCCAUGACUCACGAGACUUUCCACGGCGUGUUUACUGAGGAGGGGAAGUGUGACCCCGCCGAGUGCUGAGUGACCUGACCCGCUGCUGAGUGUGUGCUGACCGGGACCGGGACAGAGCUGAGGCGACCCAUCCUGCAGUGCUGAGUGUGUGUGUGUGUGUGUGUGUGUGUGUGUGUGUGUGUGUGUGUGACGCUAUAUAAUCAAACGAAACCAUAUUAUUAUCAACAUUCCACUGUGUGUGUGUGUGUGUGUGUGUGUGUGUGUGUGUGUGUGUGUGUGUGUGUGUGUGUGUGU